AUGGUUCUUAUUAAAUAUUGGGGCUUUUCAGCCUCCCAACCGUGCAGAACUGUUCUGUACGUCCUGAGGUCACUGGGUAUUGAGUAUGAACAUCAUGAAAUUAGGCCCAGACUUGAUACAAGAGCCGAAUGGUUCAUGAGUAUUAACAGAUUUUCAGGAGCUCCAGCUAUUGAGUAUAAUGGGACUAAAAUGAUAGAAAGUGUAGCCAUUUCCAGAUUUCUCUGUUCAAAAUAUGACCAAGAGUAUAUGUUAUUCCCAAAAGAUGAAGUAGCUAGACAGAAAGUUGAUGCUCUAUUAGAUAUAAACGCUUGCUAUCUUCGUCCAGUGUUCAUGAACAGCUAUUGGGAUUUAAAGCUCAGCCAGAUAUGAUUUAAUGCCCCUGAGAGGGACGAGGAGUUUACUUCUACAACUUUCGAUUCCAUCAAAAUAAAUCUUGGGCACUUGGAUCAGAUUGUUAAAUCGAAUAAGAAAAAUCACUCUUUAGAGAAUUGAACUUCUUUAUCAGGAUCUAACAAGACUCUUGCUGAUGUUCAAAUCUACAAUGAGGUAUAUAAUGUCGCUUAUCAAUUGGAGAUAAAUUUGAAAGAAGAUUUUCCUUAUUUACAAGAAUGGUAUGAUAGUUUCCAAAAUGAUCAGCUGAUGAAGGAAUUAGACCAGGAAAUGAUAAUCUCUUUUGACAAUAUCAUCAAAAUGUACAAAGAAAUACUUGAUAAGCAAGAGUCAUAGGCAUCUAAAGGGUACUGAUUACUUUCAAUAU